GAGAGAGAGAGAGGUGGGGAAGAAAGAAGAGAACACGGGAGCAGUUUUCUUCUUCUUCCUUGGAAGGAGGACUAAGACCUGUUGAAGGAAAGACUGAAAGCCCUCUGAGCUUUGAGGAAGACUCGCAAAAGAGAGAGAAGAUAGAGAGAGAGCGAGAGGACUCUGGUUGCUAAUCCCUGAAGCUGAGAAGAAGGAGUGAGCACAGAGAGAGAAAGAGCGAGAGAGUGGAGGCAAAGCCACAUACACUGUGUGAAAGCAGGCAUUUGUGUGCAUGUGUUAGUGUAUUAGCCUCAAUCCCUUUGCUUCCCUCCAGCCCUCGGCUCUGCCUGCCUGUGCAUGCCAUAGCCUCUGCCAGAGAGCAAACGAAAGAAAGGACAGAAAAAAAUUGGAAUUGAGCGCCGGUGUCCACCCGGAAGAUUCCACUGUUUUCCUCGUCUGUCCAUCAGCAUGUCAUCCAACGAGCUGAGUGCUCCGGACGCUGAUUCUGGAUGCAUCAGGACCUUUAAAGAACACAUGCACCUGGAGCUGGAGCCCCCCAAGCUCAACACUGGCCAGGUGGGGAAGCGGGGCGCCACCUCGCCCAAACUAUCCCCCCGCAGCUCCCCGCGCCUCUUCCGCAGGCUCAUGGUCAACAAGGGGGGAAUCCGCCACCGCCGGCGCUUCACCGUCGCUCACACCUGCUUUGAUGUGGAGAAUGGCCCUUCAGCCAGCUGUAGUCCGUUGGACCCCUCGGCCUCUCCCGGGUCAGGCCUGGUUCUACACACCAAUUUCCCCGGACACAACCAACGCAGAGAGUCCUUCCUGUACCGCUCAGAUAGCGACUAUGACCUCUCGCCCAAGUCCAUGUCCCGCAACUCAUCCAUUGCAUCUGAACUACAUGGCGAUGACUUGAUAGUAACGCCUUUUGCUCAGGUCCUCGCAAGCCUUCGAAGUGUAAGAAACAGCUUCACAGUCCUGACCAAUGUCCAAUGUGCUUCCAACAAGAGGUCCCCUGUGGCCACUCAGCCUCCCAUCACCAGAGUCUGUUUGCCAGAUGAGUCAUACCAGAAGCUGGCUAUGGAGACCAUGGAGGAGCUGGACUGGUGCCUGGACCAGCUGGAGACCAUCCAGACCUACCGCUCUGUCAGUGACAUGGCCUCCAAUAAGUUCAAGAGAAUGUUGAAUCGGGAGCUGACACACCUAUCAGAGAUGAGUCGCUCCGGCAACCAGGUGUCCGAGUUCAUCUCCAACACCUUCCUAGACAAACAGAACGACAUGGACAUGCCGUCGGUGACGCCCAAGGAGAAGGCCGGCCGGGAGAAGCAGAAGAAGAAGCAGCUGAUGAUGACUCAGAUCAGCGGAGUGAAGAAGGUCUCUCACGGACCCUCCCUCUCCAGCUCCUCCAUCUCACGUUUCGGGGUCAAGACGGACAAGGAGGUCAUGCUCUCCAAGGAGCUGGAGGAUCUGAAUAAGUGGGGGUUGAACAUCUUCACCGUGUCCGAGUACUCCGAACAUAGACCGCUCACCUGUAUCAUGUACGCCAUCUUCCAGGAGAGAGACCUGCUGAAGACGUUUAAGAUCCCGACGGAGACGUUUGUGGCGUACAUGAUGACCCUGGAGGACCAUUACCAUGGAGACGUGGCCUACCACAACAGCCUCCACGCGGCAGACGUGGCCCAGUCCACACACAUCCUGCUCUCCACCCCUGCCCUCGACGCGGUCUUCAGCGAUCUGGAGAUCUUGGCGGCCAUCUUUGCUGCAGCCAUCCAUGAUGUCGACCACCCGGGGGUGUCCAACCAGUUCCUCAUCAAUACCAACUCUGAGCUGGCCCUGAUGUACAACGAUGAGUCCGUCUUAGAGAACCACCACCUGGCUGUGGGCUUCAAGCUGCUCCAGGGGGACAACUGUGACAUCUUCCAGAACCUGACCAAGAAGCAGAGGCAGAGCCUGAGGAAGAUGGUCAUCGACAUGGUCCUGGCCACUGACAUGUCCAAGCACAUGAGUCUGUUAGCGGACCUGAAGACCAUGGUGGAGACCAAGAAGGUGACCAGCUCUGGGGUCCUGCUGCUGGACAACUACACCGACAGAAUACAGGUGCUGAGGAACAUGGUCCACUGUGCUGACCUGAGUAACCCCACCAAGUCCCUGGAGCUGUACCGUCAGUGGACCGACCGCAUCAUGGAGGAGUUCUUCCACCAGGGAGACAGGGAGAGGGAGAGAGGCAUGGAGAUCAGCCCCAUGUGUGACAAACACACCGCUUCAGUAGAGAAAAGCCAGGUGGGCUUCAUAGACUACAUCGUCCACCCUCUGUGGGAGACUUGGGCUGACCUGGUUCACCCUGACGCCCAGGAAAUCCUGGACACUCUGGAGGACAACAGGAACUGGUACCAGAGCAUGAUCCCCCAGAGCCCCUCUCCUCCUUGGGCCACAGAGCAGGGUGAUCAGGAGGGAGGCGAAGGGGGCCAGGGGGGAGACAAGUUCCAGUUUGAACUCACCCUGGAGGAGGUGGACUCUGAGGGUACAGAGAAAGAUGAACAGAGCCAGGAGGAUGAGGAGGAGGAGGAAGAGGAUAGUCUGGGAGAGGCGUCACGGUCUCCGGUAGACUACUCGGACUGCCAGGACCCCGAGGAAUCCAUGGUGCCCACGUCGUCCAUAGAGAUCAUUACCCACGAUGCAUCACCCACAGACACAUAAUGGGCUCUGCUGCACCGCGAAGGUGGUUGGUUUCAUGUUUUAAACAGGAGAAAUCCUGCAGCUGUGCUUUUUAACAAGCCCACGAUGGGUUUAGUUUGAGCCCGGAUGGGGCGUCAGUUUAACCCCACCCUAUCCUUGCACUUGCGUUAGGAGCCGGCGACAGUGGGACAGUUUCAGCGGGGCGGCUACAAAGUUCUCAGGAAAAAUGCUGCAAACAUUUUGGACCUGACGGAACGGACAGGCCUCGAGGAAAUGAAGGACUUGGGCCAAUCUGGGAAACGGUUGUUUUUCCAUCCAGACUAGCAUCUGAAAUGUUGACACUACUACUGAGAGAAGUUUUGUACCUUGUGACUUUUUUUAAAAACGAAAAUGGGAUGUCAAGAGGUAGCGUUUGAACUACUGACAGAUGGACGUGUGUUUGUAUAGAGAGAGAAAACUGUUUACUUUUUUCCAUUUGUCAAAAUACUUUUCUGUGUCUUUUUUACUAUUGUCUUUUUAAUCCUUUUUUUAAUUUAUUGAACACACUUUAGUAUGUGCGGGAAAUGUUUUUUUUUUCUUUCUAAAGAGUUACCCGAAAGCUCAAGAGCAAAAUCCUUUUUAUGUCUCAGACAAAGAGAACAGUCUUCCUUACUAGUAUUGGGCAAUAGAAGAAAUCAAACUAACUUAGACAAACAGUUCUUGGACAAACUCAUCAAAUACUUCAAACAUGACAUCUCAUAAUAAGAUACCAUUUCAAUCCGAACACAACAUAUGUGUUUCUCUAUGGAAAUCACGAUUCACGUUACACGUUACAUAGUUGCUAGAUUGUUGCUUCGUGUGUCUGACCUCACUGUAGAUGAACGGUAGGCAGAUAGAUCACUAUAACUCAACAACAACAAAACAAUUAGACCCAUUUCUCCCCAUCUAAUCUGCUUCCCCUCAUUCUCCUUGAAGGACCCCUCCCCCACUACCAUCAUGGCUCAAAUCCUGAUAAUACUCAGACUUCAAGUUAGAAGGAUAUUUCUAGCUCCAUCUCAAGGUAUCCUGCUAUUGUGUAUUAAUCCUAUUCGACCAAAUGAUUCCAGAACCCACCUGGUUCUGAUGCUGUAACAAAUCAAGGACCCGGCCAGAUGAUGAAAGGUGGUUAGGCGGCUGCCUGUGUAGAAUCCCAGUCACACCUUGGUUAGCUGUGUUUAUUAUUCACGUUUUUUUUUUUUUUUUUUUUUUU